GUUUUGCUUGUGGCUAAGGAUUACAGGCAAUUCAGUUAUCUCAAUGAUACGGCUUCAAACCUUCGUCUAAACAUUACCCGCUCGCUUACACUGCGAUGCAGCUUUUCGUUCAAACAAAGGCGUUAAUGUUUUCGUGGUAGAAAAAGGUAAUGCAUUCCCUAUUUUCCCACCGGGGAGUUUCUUUUUACGUAUUGAGUAUGCACUGCUAUGCAAACAUGAGUUGACAGUUCCGAUCGGUGAUAACGAAAGUAAAUUUCAAAAUUAUGUCACAUUUUAUAUACAUAUGUACAUAUGUAUCUCUGUAUGUAUACAUACAUAUAUUUGUGUACAUUGAGAAAGCUCAUAAUCCAUGUUGUCCCAGUACGUUCGCCAACUUUUGAAUAUCGGCAUUCAAGUUGAAUGCGAAUCUUUACUCGGUUUUAUUCAGCAGUUCAUGGUUAGUUAGAUUUUGGCUUCCAAAAGGCCAACAAUGCCUUCUUAGUUGCUUUUCAUUAAUUGUUCGGUGGAAAAAAUGGCGCUUCAAGAAGAAAAUAAUCAUACAAACGAAUCAUCGCACAGCGUCUCAAAUGGCAAUGGUGCCCAAUUGCCAGACUGGAUAACAGCAGAAUUGUUCAACAACUUCCUAAAGGAAACAGUGCCGGGAUUUAGAGAAAUCAAAAGCUUCAAAACAAAGUCCGCCGUGGCCCCGGGUGAAAAUUAUGCCACCAUCAUGCUGCGAAUCGCAAUGGAAAUCAGCACGCAAUCUGGUAAGGAGAAGACUCUGUCAUAUAUGAUGAAAAUACCACUUGAAUCAAUUAAGGACUUAAUGGAGAAGCGAAACGUAUUUGACAUUGAAACCAUGAUGUACCGUUCGGUGGUGCCCGAAAUGGAGCAGAUGUACCGUGACGCCGGAAUCGAAGUUAAAUUCUCCGCCGGCUACUACGACAUCCAGACGCCAUCACAAUUUGGUGUCAUACUGCUGGAAGAUUUGCGCCAGCGUGGUUUCAAAAACAUCAACCGCCUUGAGGGGCUCGACAUGGACCACGCAAGGUGUGUACUGAAGAAGCUUGCUCAAUGGCACGCAGCGUCGGCCACGCGGGUCCAGUUGAAGGGGCUUUAUCCUGCAUCUUUGACAACUGCAUACUUUUUGGACGACCACUACGAACUGAUGAAGCAAAUAUAUAAAAAUUUGGGCGAUGCAUUUCUGAGCAGCGCGAGAUCAUUCCCAGGGAAUGAAGAAUACAUCGAAAGCUUGGAAAAAUUUAAUUCACACUACUUUGAUAGUUUCUUUAAUGCCGGCAAAGUCGAUCCGAAUGAGUUUAAUGUUUUGAACCAUGGAGACUGCUGGUCCAACAAUGUUAUGUUUCAAUACGAUGCGUUUGGCAGGAUCAAAGAGACAUAUUUCGUGGAUUAUCAAAUUCCAAAGUAUGGAUCGCCAGCUCAGGACUUGUACUACCUCAUCCUUUCGUCUACGAGCUACGACUUGAAAUUGAAGCAAUUCGAUUAUUUCGUAAAAUUCUAUCAUGAAAAUCUGGCCCAAAGUCUCACUCUCUUGAAGUAUCCCAAGCAAAUACCAAAACUGAAAGAUCUACACAUACUUUUACACAGAACCACCAUUUGGGCUUAUACGACAAUCAUUAGUGUUAUGGGCGCCGUAUUGUUGGAUCCCACCGACAAAGCGAAUAUCGUAGACAUAGUCGGGGAAAGCGAAGCUGGGGAUGAGUUUAAGAAGCAAAUGUACACCAACGCCAGAUUUCGAAGGCACGCUGAGGCUGUCCUGCCGUGGCUGUUCAAUCGCGGCGUGUUGGAGUGCUGA